AUGGACAAGGCUUCGGGUCCUGAGAACGGAAGCAGGCACGGUGACGACUUAGAGGCUGCCUCGAGCCGUCCGUCCACGGAGGCAGAAGCAGAAGCAGAUGACCCGUACGAGGUCACCUUGGGUCCUGAGGACGACCCAAAACACUUCUCGCGGUUCAAGAAGUGGAUUAUCGUACUUGCCAUCUGUGACGCUGCGUUAUGCGCGACUUUCGCGUCUUCCGUUGCGUCUUUUACUGAACGAGGCCUCGCGACAGACCUACAUACUGUACAUGAAGUUACGAUCCUGAGUAUCAGUCUGUUUGUCGAAGGCCUAGGACUUGGACCGCUUCUCUUCUCUCCGCUAUCUGAAGUGUUUGGCCGGAACAACGUCUAUCGCAUAUCGUACUUCCUUUUCUGGGUUUUCACAUGGCCGGUCGUCUUUCCACCGGACAUAGAAACCUUCCUCGUGUUCCGCUUCGUCACGGGGUUCUGUAGCUCUGCUUUCCUCAGUGUGGCCGGCGGAAGCGUGAGCGAUCUAUUUGUGAAUGAGGAAGUUGCAACCCCUAUGGGUGUAUACACGAUGUCACCUUUCCUUGGCCCAGUCAUCGGACCACUAGUUUCCGGCUUCAUCUGUCAAAAUACUGAUUGGCGUUGGGCGUAUAGAGUUCUUCUCAUCUGGCAGUUCGUCACUCUUGCACUUUUAGCGGUAUGCGUGCCGGAGACAUAUGCUCCCAUAAUCCUCAAGCGAAAAGCUGCACGACUACGCAAGGAGACUGGCAAUGACAAGUAUUGGGCACCCCUCGACCGACGAGAGGGGAGCAUCGGUCAUAUGAUACUAACGAGCAUAUAUACCCCAUUCAAGCUCUUGCUGUUUGACCGAAUGGCGCUCUCUCUCGAUGUUUGGAAUGCGCUCAUCCUAGGUAUUCUGUACCUCACUUUUGAAGCCUUUCCAAUUAUCUUCGAGAACGGCUUCGGCUUCAACUAUCAGGAAACUGGCAUGUCGUUCAUCGGUAUCGGAGUGGGCAUGUGUGCUGCGCUGGCGACGCAGCCGUUGUGGAACAGAUUUCAUCGCAAGAAAGCUCAGGAACACGGUGGUGUACUCCCUCCCGAGACUAGGCUCAUCAUGGGCCAAGUUGGCGCAGUUCUCGCCCCCAUAGCACUGUAUUGGCUCGCCUUCACGACCUAUCCCUCCGUCCCGUGGAUCAUCCCCAUCAUCGCGUCGGUGCCAUACGGCAUGGCAACGUAUUACAUUUACUCAUCCACAUUCACGUACCUCGUGACGGCGUAUCGGCCGAUAGCGGCGAGUGCGAUGGCGAGCAACACCGCGCUGCGGUGCACGUUCGCAGCAGCGUUCCCGUUGUUUGCGGGCGCGAUGUACGACCGCCUCGGCACGGUGGGCGCGACGGCGCUGCUGGCGGGAUUGACGACGGUGAUGAUGCCGCUGCCAUUUGUCUACUGGAAGUAUGGCGCGGAGCUAAGGGCCAAGUCGCGCUUCACUGUCCGAUGA